GAGAGUUCAGUGUUCACUGUUCAGUGCUUGCUGGCCCGUCGAAGCGCUCGCUCGCGCGCGCGCGUGUGUCGCUGCUGUUCGUAAACACACAGCUAUACGGUGCUAUCCUUUCACAGUGCGACUUCGGUUAUUACAUAGUGCGUUCGACACGUAGACCCACAUCGUCGCGAUAUCUUAUACGAAGUGUUCUGAUCUUUAGCUCGUCGCCGAGGAUAUACUCGGACAGCCAGGAGAAGAUACGGGAAACGAUAACAAAACAGCCAGUGCCGCGAGGAGAGUCGAAAGUACAUAAGCAGUACUCGCGGCCGCGAGUGUGGAUGUGUGCGCGGACGCGAGAUCGAUAAAGUUCGUGAGGAGGGACGAGAGAGAGAGAGAGAGAGAGAGAGAGAGCUGCUGCUGCUGCGGACCGUUUGCGCCGUGUCGCGCGCGCUCUCUCUGGGCCAGGUCGCUGGACGCGGCCCUGAAUAAUCUUCUCUCCGCACAGAGGUCGGGCGAACCUCUCACUUUGCAUCGAUCCCCGCCUCGACGACGAUGGUCAGUUCUGAAAGUCCGGUGGUGAGAGCAGCGAGUCUCGUUAUCAUCGUCCUCCUCGUCGUCGUCAUCAUCAGCAUCAGCAUCACCGUCUCGAGAGAAGCGCCGAUGGCAGUCCGUGAAUUGCCUCCUACUCGCGGCAGUCGCCCGGCGCUUCCCACGUCCGGCUUCACGAGUGAGAGGAGAGCGCGGCGCGCCUGAGCGCCCACCUAUAUCGGCGCCCGCUCUCCUCGCUCUGCUGCCGCUGCGACCGGACGCCCAUCGGAGCGGUACACCACAUACUCACACACACACACACACACACACACACGAGAGAAAGAGGAAGAGAGGAAGUCGGGAAAUCACGAGAGCUGCUCGCCGCUUAUAGCUCUAAGGAGGAGAAGAUAAAAGGCGAGCCUUGAGAGCUCGAAGAAGGAGAUGGGCGCGGGUAUGGGCAGGAGCGGGACGGGCGGGGGCAGCAGUCUGCUGGAGGCCCUGCCGACGGGGACGCCACUCCACGUGGCGAUGCUCGGACUCGACAGCGCCGGCAAGACUACGGCCCUCUACAGGCUCAAGUUCGACCAGUACAUCAACACCGUGCCCACGAUCGGCUUCAACUGCGAGCGGAUACGGGGCGGCAUAGGCAAAGCCAAGGGUGUGAACUUCCUGGUGUGGGACGUGGGCGGACAGGAGAAGCUUCGGCCGCUAUGGAAGUCGUACACCCGCUGCACCGACGGCAUCAUAUUCGUCGUGGAUUCCUGCGACACCGAGAGACUCGAGGAGGCGAAAAUGGAACUGACGAGGACAGCCAGGAGCCCCGACAAUGCGGGCGUUCCCAUACUCAUACUUGCCAAUAAGCAGGAUCUCCCCGGUGCCAAGGAGGUCGAGGAGCUGGAGAAGCAGUUGGGCGUGCUGGAGCUGUCGUCGAUGCCGGGCUCGGCGUGCAUCCGCGUCCAGCCGGCCUGUGCGAUAACGGGCGAGGGCCUGCACGAGGGCCUCGACAGCCUCUACCAGCUGAUCCUGAAGCGACGCAAACUUGCCAAGCUGAAUCGCAAACGGGCCAGGUAGGCCAGGGCUUCCGAGGACUGUGCCUGCGUCUUUUGACACUGCGGCUCGAGGCCCGCCGGCGGCGGUGGCCAACAGCAGCAGCUAUUCCUCGACGAUGACGACUACUGCGCCAGCGACGACAACGUCGACUAGAGGAGCCUCUCUAUCUCCCCAUCACUCUUCCGAACUCGCCAAGUUACCGCUCUGACGAGAUGGACGCGGCUCUUCUAUUUGUACAUAUUAUAUUUUUUUUCGUCCGCAGCGCGGCGAAUCACUUUCUUCUAGUCUACGAAGCGCUACAUCGAAGCGGACGUUUCUUCAUUUUUGUUUUUUGUUGGCUCUUACCUUUCCUCUUAUUUUUAAUCGUCUCUCCGAUACUUUGUACGGUGUGCGUGCGUAGUAUUUAUAGUGUCGCGAAAGCCGGAGGAACAAUUUACAUACCAACGACAAUAAGGUGUCAACUCCUUUUGGUUCUUUGUCCUGUCCUUCAGAGUUCUUACUUGUCAGAAUUUUCGUUUACCUUUGACGCGCGAGCGUCGCGUAGUCACGGAUCUGUAUCGAGUGUAAUAAUAUAAUGUGUAACGACUGACGCUUGACGAAUCGCAAUAGGGCAAGUGCACUCAUGCUAGUCGACCGGAUGAUCGUGCGCUUGAGUUGACGUUGCUUUGAUAUAUACAAAAGUCCCCCGUAUUUGUCGUUGGUCGUAGUUUCAUUCGCGACGAUUCAUAAUCUGUAGAUAGUAGAAGCGUCUUUGUUUACUCGAUGAUGUAACGCGAGAGAUUGUAAACGAGUGUUUGGGUUGGAACGUGGACGUCGGUAAGGCAGGUCUCCGUGAUCGAAUGUUUGUCGCUAUGUCGAAAAGUAGAUGGGCAGCGCGAGGGAGUACGAGGUCGAAGAAAAUGAAAUAAACCUGUAGGAGUUUUAUAUAUGUGCCUAAGUAUCGUAAUAGCUCUUCCGCUGUGUAGUCUUGAUGGGCAAAAGUUGAGAAGAGAAAGGACAAAGCUCGCCGAAGUAUAUACGCGACGCAGUGAUGGACGGGGAUGCUGCGAAACGCGCACGACUGUACCGAUCACUUUCGCAAUUCGCGUUAUUAUCAAUGAUAGGUGUAGCGUUGAAGUAUAUCUCGAGUAUAAUAUAAAUGGGAAACAAGUCGUUGUUGUUUGUUUUGUACCUCGACUUUUGAGAGUCAUUCGAAAUUCUAUUGUGCACACCCUGUUUCGCACUUCACAUAUACAUAUUGCUAUUAUAUAUAUAUAUAUAUAUAUAUAUAUAUAUAUAUAUAUACAUAACUAUACAUAUAUGACAUAUAUAUAUAUAUACACACAUAUAUAUACGUGUACUUGCCCUUGUUGUGUUUUAUCGCCCUUGUUGCUGUAUUUCGACAUUUUAUUGUAAAGAAAAUGAAUAAACAAAUAUAAGAGAACGUAAUGUACAUAGCGCGUAGACUAUAAGCGAAUACGGAUUAUUGUGUAUUGUAUAAGCAAAUGAUCGCUUCACGACUCGUCGUUUGGGUCAUUUUGUAAGACGUUUUUUAAGAUGUAAGUCAGCCUAACGUUUACAAAGAUUAAGACAAACAAGUUUUAGCGCAAAAAUACACCGCCGAGUUCCGAAUAUCCGGCUGUAUACUAUAUCGAUGCAACAAUUUACACGUAGACGUUCCUGAUAAUUCAGUGUAUCGAGAUGGUUCUCGGCCAACAGCAUCAACGAUCGUCAUUAAAGGCAUUCCCAUUAACGAGAUAAUUGACCUAGCUUGUAGUAUAUGCGUCGAAUCUAUCAGUCGUGUAGAACGAUUCUGUCGUCAACUUUACAAGCGUCAGCGCCUAAAGCUCGCUGUUUUAUUUAAUUAUUAACUAGCUAAAUGGUAAUAUACGUUAUCGCAGAAUCGUUCGCUCGUAUAUAGUCAAAUUAAAGAAACACUUCGCAAAUCAACAAUAGUCGUUGAAAGUAAGGUUUUGAGAAUCAAGAGCAACCGCCAAGAAAAGACUUGAAAAUUCAGAAAUAAAAAAAUCGUUCCUUCUGGAUCUUACUUCUCUAUUUUCAUAUCGAAUAAUUAUAUCUUCCAUUUUAUAAAGACAAGGAAAAACUUUAACUCUCUUAAUUUAAUAAUCAAUUUGAAAAACUAUAAAGAAAUAUUUACCAACUCCGACUUUUUGACAAAUCGCGAUACACCAAUUUACAAUGAAAAUAAUUAUGCAGGUGGAUCGCCAUCUCAGCGACUAUCAAUUUUCGACGAAAGUUAGCCGUAAUUAAGCAUAACUGAUAUCACCUAAGCAACGCCAAAUCGCUUUUUUACUGUAAAAAAAAAAUAACAAUGAUACAAAUUAUAAGAAAAGAUGAAGUAACUUAUUGCGAUAUUUGCAUGAAGAUAAAAUGAAAAAACAAAUCACGAAUGCUCAGCGCACGCACGCGUAAUCACUAUAUUGUAAUGUCGCUAUCUACAUAUAUCAUCAUUAAAUCAUUGUUACUUUCUAA